AUCAGGACAGAUGAUGGGCCAUGUCGUGGCCCGGUCUCAGCUGAUUUUGUCUCGAAGUAACUUCGCCGAUUGUAUACGGUGUCAAGGCUUGAGGGUUUCGAAAACCCUAAAAAUGGAGUCGCAGUCUAAGCGACCCACUUGUCCUUCUUGCGCUAAACCCACACAGCUCUGUCUCUGCAAGCGGAUGCGUUCUCCGUGUCUCGAUAAUGAGGUUAGUGUUACUAUCCUGCAGCACAGUCUCGAGAGAAAACACGCCCUUAAUUCAACUCGAAUCGCUAGAUUAGGGCUUAAGAAUGUUAGUGUCACCACCGUUUUCGAUGUACAUGACGAGGCAGAGUUCAUAAUCAGGGCUACUCGUUCGAGUAAGAUUGGCACCAAUCGUUCGGAUUCUGAUGAUUGGCUAGAAGAUGAAGCCGCUUUGGAACUUGAUGAUAGCUCAAAGUUAGGUAGUGGUAAUGUGGAUAACUUAGAAUCAGAGAAGAAGGUUGUGCUUGUUGAUCGUGGAAGAUUGAAAAUCGCUGAAAGUGUGAAUCUUUCUCAACAUUCAGGUGAAAUUUCUUGUCGGCUUACUGAAAAGAUAGGUUCUUGUGAAGAAAGUAUUUUAGAGGAUUUAAUCAGAAUCUCUAUGAACAAACGAGGUGUUAUCCGCAAUGUCUCACAUUCUUUGAUGCUGGAAAGCCAUGUGGAAGAGGAAGAUCUUAGUUUUGAUCAAAUAUUGGCUUCUCCUGCCGCCAUGGAUGUCUUGGCAAAAGGGUUUGUGGUUACAAAGUUCUCCAAAGGGAAGCGAGAAUUCGAGCUGGAGGUUCCUCCUGGAUCAGCUCUGUUGUUCCCUAGCGAAGAAUCGGUGGAGAUCACUGAUCUUAAACAGAGAGACCUCAAGCUAAGGAAUCUGAUUGUUCUUGAUGGGACAUGGUCGAAGGCAAGAAGAAUGUACCUUGAGAAUCCAUGGCUGAAGCUUUUGUGCAGCCAUGUGAAGCUGGAAAUUGAAGGUACAAGUUUGUACAGAGAAGUUAGGAGGCAGCCAAGGGAGGGAUGUUUGUCGACGAUAGAGAGUAUUGUAUACGCGAUGAAGGAUAUCGGUGAAGAUCCUGAAGGUUUGGAUAAUAUGUUGGAUGUUUUCAAAUCCAUGGUUGAAGAUCAAAGAAGAUGUAAAGAUGAGAACUUUGAAACAAUUAGCUGAAAGCCAUUGGCUGCUACUGUAACAACAUGUAAGCUGAAGGAAAAGAAGAAGAUUGUUAGUGAAUUGUUUUCAGUUUUGAUAAUCAUGCGAAAGUUGGAUCUUUUAUACAAUUUAUCAAUCAUUGUCUGACUCUGAAUGUAGAAUCUCCACU